CAGUUUUACGAAGAAACGAUUUUGAAAGUCAUUUAAUUGUUUGUAAAGAAGCACAUCCUGAGAGUGCCCUUCGCUUGUGCACUAGCGCCAUGAGUAGCGCACUUGAUGACUCAAAGACAACAGACGCAAGUAUGGACCACGAACUUUACACUGUACAGAGUCCCUCGGAGGACAUUAAGGAUGGCCCAGAUCAUGCAGAAUUCAUUUAUAAAAUGUCAAAUGAAGAAUUUGUUAAAUUCGUGAAGUUGCGUGUGACCAACGACUCACUUUUCACUGGAAAGAGAAAUUCUUCAACUCUGGCUUAUAGGGCCAUCUUGAAAGAGCUGGGUCUGCAAAGGGAAAUUUCUGCCAGCCAGGCCAGGAGGAAAUGGGAAAACCUUAAGAUGAAGUAUAAGGAAAUGAAGAAUCCCCCACCUGGCGUCUCGGUGAAUCCCACUAACUGGCCGUGGUUCUCCCUUAUGGACGACGCCAUGGAAGGUAGACUCGCAGGAAGUGAAGUCACCCUAGACACUUCUACUGUGGGCGACGACAGCGAGUAUCGCCCGAACAACACCACACGCCGGAGAAGCAAGCGAGCGCGUGAUCUGGACAGAAGCGAGGUCGAGCUGUUCGUCGAAGAGGAUGACAUGAUGUCUGAAGAAAUGGGGCGAGACAGGGUAGAGCUCGACAGAGACAGGGAUGAGAUGGAGCACGAAAGGGCUAUCCUAGAGAGCGACAAAGCCGCUAUUGAAUACGAGAGGAUGGUCCUGGAGCGGGAGAAGAUGGUUUUAGAUCGAGAAAGAGCAGGAGUAGAACGAGAAAUCGCAGCAUUGGACCGAGACAGGGCCUCUCUGGAGAGAGACAAGGCCGCUGUGGAGAGAGACAGGGCCUCUGUGGAGUACAUCCGAGCUCAGCUGGAAAAGGAAAGAGCGAUUCUUGACAGAGAAAGGGCAAAGCUUGAACGAGAGCGAGCCAUUCUAGAGCAGCAGCGUGGGACGGAAAAAGGGAAGCAGACGGCUAAUCUGAACGAUAGUACAGAAGGAACUGAUACCUCGAUUCCCUUAGUGAUGGAACCGGCUUCCUUAGAGAGGAGGCAGAAAUUCCUCAACCUGUUUGAAAAGCUCAUCGAGAACUUCUAAAAUGGAACUAACUGUUCUGAAUGGGACCCAUUAUGUAUAUGUUAUUUUUUUGUACACCUUCUGUUUGAAGUAAAACUGUUUUCUGUUGCCAGAAGUGGAUUGUGCUGUGUUACAGUGAUUGGUUUUGUAAUGUUAAUAGCUAUGCUUGUUUAAGUGAGCGAUAAGUGUUGCUUUCAUGCCUUUGAAGACUUUACAAGUGAACAAUGAAAACGUUAAGCCACCUCUGUUUUGGAGAGGUCAUCAGAAAACUUUAUUCAGGUGUGAUUAUUUCCAUACAAAACACACAAUGCUGAGCUAAUAUUUAACCCCCAUUCCCCCCAAUCAUUCUCAAAUCCCUCAGCCAAUACAAUUCUGAAAUGUUCAUUUUGAAGGUCAUUGGUCAUAACAACAGCUUGAAUUGUGAUAUACCAAAAUAUUGCAAUUCUUGUAAAAAAAAAAAAAACAGCUUAUAUAUUUAUAUUACAGUACAGACUUUACAACAAAUUCAUUGUUAGAAUGCUUCUUUUAUUGCAUUAGUCAAAUUUACCUUUCAAAAAGUUCAUUGAGCGCCAGCUUCAAUUAGUUUAUGUUAAUUAUGAUAAACAUUUGUUAAAUUCUAUAUGAAUAUUAACAAUAUUUAAUUUACAAAACAAACAUAUUUAAACAAUUUGGGCUGGCUUUUGCAGCUAACCCCAGACAGGCAACCAGUACAGCACACAAAAGAGGGUUUUUGUGCGGUUUUGUUCAUAUUUGCACUUGUAAAUUAAUGACAUCUCGUUUUCC